CUCCAGUCUGAGUACAAGAUUCACGUGCCGAGAGGGCACGCGAUUUGGAACUUCGCGCCUCCCGCCUGUGCGACGACGAUAGCAAAGUCCUUGUGUGCCUUCCAGGUACCAUGCGGUCCUGCCCCUAGUGAGGCAGGUAAAACACAAACGACAACGUUCCGCUGAGUCCCUGGAACGCCUCUUGGGCACGCUAAAAGAUGUCCACCGUCACUACAGAGCCCAGAAGCACGACGCGUACCGCGACACGAAGUGGCACACGAGCGACAACACGAACUGGUACAAGAAGCGCUACCAGGAGCGCCACCAGGAGCACCGGAACAUCCUACCAUUCUGCACCACCCCCUCGAAGCACAUGGCUGGACAUGAUAGAGAACAGUCCGAACAGGCGGAAGAUCGAGAUUGGGGUCAUGAGCAGUGUCUUCCUUGUCGUCAUGAUUGUCCUCUCUCUGACUGUAUUCGUCAUGCUGACGAUCCGCGCAAGCCCCGUGAGUCAAGCCCCGUUGAACCUUCAGAACGCAGUGUUCUGCGAAAAUGCCACGUGCUUCGAGCAAUCACGCCGCGUGAUGGGCUACGUGGAGUGGAGCAAGGAGCCCUGUGAUGAUUUCUACACGUACGCGUGCAAGGGGUACCACGUAAGCGUCGCCAACCUGGCUUCCAAGUACCCUAUCACCCAGGGGGCCCAGGAGAGGCUUCGCAAUGCGGUCGAAGAAAUACUCAACAAUUGGCACAUCAACAUGAAACCGACGGACAACUUUUACCUCCGUUAUGGCGUCAAUCUCUUCCAGGAAUGUAUGCAGGGUGUGACGGACUAUAAAGAGCAGCUGCUGAACGUGUUCGCCGACAUGACCUACAACCACAAGCCCUUUUUCCUUCCCAAGAGCUUCGACCUGGAGCCCCAUACGCUGGCAUCUCGCGUCGGCCGCAAUUUCUGGUUCUUUCCGCUCAUAACAGUACGCAAAGACGUCGAUCUGGAGAACCGACAGCGUGUCAUCGUGCAUCUGGACGAACCACGGCUCACAGCUCCCAAAGCCAUGUUCGACGAUUCCGAAUUCCAGACGGACUACAUGCAGGCGAUGCGAGACCUGGCCAUUUCAUUGGGCUUCGACAACGUCAACGAAACGGCACGCAUCUUCAAGUUCGAGCAAAUGCUCUCUCGAGGAACCAGCAGUCCUCGCGCAAGAGUGCCCUACUACAAGAAAGUCAAACUGGGAUCUCUCUUCUUAGACAAGUGGAACAUUUAUAUGUAUCUCAGCAACGUGUUAGGGGAGAACAUGUCUCCAGAGGAUGAGGUGGCGUUGAGGUCGGAGAAGUACUUCUCGAGGUUCCUCAAAGCCUUAAAGACUACAGAAUGGGGAACAGUGAACAACUACAUCGUAUUUCGACUGGUUCAGUUCCUGAGCCCGUUACUGAUGCCCAAAGAGGCCAAGAUCUUGCAGUUCAUGUACAAGUACGCAUAUGCCCUAAGACCUCCACCUCCAAAGAGGACAAGAUGCCUCGACGCUCUGGAACCGUACUUCAAGCCUCUGCUGCUCACUGCUGCAAAAGUUACGUUCAGAAAUACAGAGGGCAAGAGGGCGGAGGCGAGUCGUGCCAUUGCAAACCUGAAGGAGUCCUUCAAGCGAAUGUCCAUUAAAUCCUUCUACCCUCACACAGAACAGAGCACACUCAACAACAAGCUACGACGAAUGCGAAUCUAUUACUUCUAUCCAUACGAGACGAAGGAGUACCAGUACAUGAAACAGUGGUACCGCUCGUGGAAAAAGCUACAGUACAAGUACGGACAGAUCGUCAAGAGUUUUAGAAACGCCGGAUUUGAAUACGCCAAGUCUCAAGCACACAAGACAAUUCAAGACUUCGAGUGGAAGGGAUCAGUCUUCGAGCAGGAUCCAUACUAUGAUGCUGAUAACAACGCCCUCUACAUACCAGCCAGCCUGUUUGAGCCGCCACUGUACUACGGUGAUUCAUUCUUGCCCUUCUCGAUUCCCAUGUACGGCUGGCGGAUUGGGACUAAGAUGUUUCAGGCCAUCGACUAUAGAGGCCGUACCAUCACGGACAGUGCACAGUACCGCAACUGGUGGGGUGAAACACUCAUGGCACGCUACACCGAAGUCGAAAAAUGUUUCCGCAACGCUCACGGCUCUCUUAAGCUUGCUGACGAUUCCGAGCUUUACGACCACAUCGCGGACAGCGCGGUGGUUAUUGUUUUGUAUAAAGAGUACAAGCGUAUUGUUGAGCAGCGCGUUGGACACGAGAAGGACAUUCGUCUGAAGGACAUCAAGCAGUUCUCUGGAGACAACCUUUUCUUCUUGUCCCUCGCCCACGGAGUUUGUACCAGGAUAUUUCACGACGCAGCUGCCGUAGAGAAAAAGGCUGGAAAGCGGAUAGCCCAAGAAAGGCUCAACAUGGCUCUUACGCACUGGCCUAUAUUCAAAAACCUCUACCAGUGUAGUUCGAGCGCUAAGAUGGUUCCCCAGCAUCGCUGCAUGUUUUGGUAGAGUUAGGAGUCUGUCAAGGAGAAAAUGAUGUACACUUUUUCACCGCUUCGUCAAAAUAAAGAGCCACUCUAUAUGA